ACCUACGCAACAACCUCCUCCAGCAGCGCGCGAUGGAAAACCCGCCAAACCAGCGACCCCUACACGCGCGCCUCGAAACUCAGCGGCCUCAAGUCGCGCGCCGCCUUCAAACUCCUCGAAAUCGACGCCAAACACCACCUCUUCACCCCCGGCGCCACGGUCGUCGAUCUAGGCUACGCCCCCGGGUCGUGGAGCCAGGUGGCCAUCAGCAAGACGCAGCCGGGCGGUCGCGUGGUGGGGAUCGAUGUCAUUCCUGCUCAGCCGCCGCGGGGCGUGAGUACGCUUCAGGGAGACUUUUUGAGCGAGGGGAUUAGAGAGGAGGUGCGGAAGUUUGUUGUUGAUGAGGGGCUGGGGAGGGGGAGGGGACGGUCGGGGGGGAUGGGUGGGGAUGGGGAGGGGUUGACGGUUGAGGAGUUGGAGGAAGAAGGGAGGGGGGUGAUUGAGAGGGCGGAAGGGGAGCCGGGGGAGAGAGGAGAACAGGCGGGGCGAUUGUCGGGGCAGAAGGCGCUGGAUCGCGCCGAGGGCCGCGUGGUCAAUGUGGUGCUGAGCGACAUGUCUGAACCCUGGCCGCAGACGGCAUCGAUGUGGAUCAAGAGUGUUUCUAAUCCGUAUCGCAGGAUGAUGAACACGAGCGGCAUGCCCUUUCGCGAUCACGCCGGGAGUAUGGAUCUCUGCAACGCCGCUCUGACAUUCUGCUACGACACCCUCGUCACAGGCGGCCACUUUCUCUGCAAAUUCUACCAGGGCGCCGAAGAUCACGCUUUCGAGUUGAGGCUCAAGAAGCUCUUUGAGAAGGUGCAUCGAAUCAAGCCGGACAGUUCGCGGAAGGAGAGCAAGGAAGCUUACUUCCUGGGCCUGAGGAGACGUGCGGGCGUGCGGAGGGAGGAUGUGCUAGGGGAG